AUGAUCUUGAACUUUUUAUUUUGUGUGGGAGUGUCCGUGCAUGUUGUGCAAAAUAUUCUCCGGAUUUCUGCAGCUACUAGGAUCUUAGUUGCCAUUGCAGAAGCCAUGAAAGGACAUAUUGUUAUGAAGUGCUGCAGUAACAAAACCCUUGGAUUUCCGUUCACGGCUUCUUUAAGGAUUUUCCCUAAACUUUGGCGUGAUCCCGUGGAAUCGUUGCAGAUUAUUGCCUUAUGGCUUUGGUUAGAGCAUGUGGGUUUUGGCAAGGUCAUAAGGAAGAUCUUGGCAUCUGCUUCGUUGUUCAUCAAUCAAACUGCUGAAGAGGCUAUUAUGUGCAUCAAGUGCAUAAAGGAUUCCCAGUUCAUACAUUCAGCUGAAGCCUCCAAUAUUCCUAUGACUCGUAGCAUCAUCGAGAAAGAGAGAUCACUUCGAUUUUUUAAUGAGAAUCGUGUGACUGAUACCGUGAAAUAG